AUGAAGCGCAGAAUCGACCACGAUGCGGCGCGCGAUACGAUCUCCAUCGUCGUCCCAGACAAGAACCAGUUCCAGCACAUCUUGCGUCUCCUCAACACCAACAUUGAGGGUCGCCGCAAGAUCAUGUACGCUCUGACCCACAUCCGUGGUGUUGGUCGUCGCUACUCGAACAUUGUCUGCAAGAAGGCUGACGUUGACCUCACCAAGCGUGCUGGUGAGCUCUCCAACGAAGAACUCGAGCGCAUCGUCACCAUCAUGCAGAACCCCCUCCAGUACAAGAUCCCCGAGUGGUUCCUCAACAGACAGAAGGAUGUCAAGGACGGCAAGUACACCCAGGUUGUUGCCAACGUUCUCGACAACAAGAUCCGUGAGGAUCUUGAGCGUCUGAAGAAGAUCCGUGCCCACCGUGGUCUCCGUCACUACUGGGGUGUCCGUGUCCGUGGUCAGCACACCAAGACCACUGGUCGCAAGGGCCGCACCGUCGGUGUCGCCAAGAAGAAGGCUUAAACUAUCUGGUAAGCGGGCUGCUCCACCCGGCCACCGCCACCCAUCACAGACAAGGCUGUGCUGUGAUGAUCGAAUUCUUACCUACAUUACCUGAUUCUUGAAGAAAGCAUUCUAUCCCUGAGCAUGGCGCAUGGAUGGGCACUCGGACGGAUCGGCACCCGUGCAGUGCACUAACCCGACUGUUCUUGCUGCUUCGAUCUUGUAGGACGCACUCCGUUGGUAUCUGUUUGUGUGGCAAUGGCUCAAUAUACAUUUCUG